AUGGAGCCUGAGGUCUCGGAGACUGAGUUCUGGACUGAACUACAAACAAUCGUCUCCAAACACUGUGAUUCCGAAGACCAGAUUGACGACGCCCUCCGAGCUUAUCUCAAUCUCACAAUUCAAUACAAAGACAAAUACCUCCGGUCGGAAACCGAUAUUUCGCGCUGUUCCUACAAGCUAUUCACGUCGAGUAUUUUUGCCACACAUGCGGACUAUGUACGACGACAAAUUCUCUACGGUCUUUUGCAGGACGAUGACCCGAACACGCUCCACUUCAUUGCGUCAUUCAUCCUUUUUGACGGACGACAAAAUGAAUUUGUGCUUAAGAUGCUGAAUGAGGAGGGCGUAUUUGCGCGCCUCCUCGAGCUUAUACAGGCGAUGCGAAGGGCAGAUCUGGAGGGCGACGCGGGUCUUCAUCGCUUGUUGAUGGACCUUGUGUAUGAGAUGUCGAGGAUACAAAGGAUCAGAAUUGAAGAUCUAGUUCUCGUGGAUGACGAUUUCGUUCGCUGUCUCUUUGAUAUCAUCGAAGAUCUCUCUUACGAUGUUACCGAUCCGUAUCAUUACCCCGUGAUUCGGGUGCUGCUGGUUUUGAACGAGCAAUUUAUGAUCUCAGCUCACAAUCCGCUGAACGGCCGACCCUCUGGUCACUUGACCAACAAGGUUAUCAAGAUCCUCUCAGCGUAUGGUGGGAUGUACAAGACAUUUGGAGAGAACAUCAUUCUUCUUAUCAAUCGUGAAGCCGAGACGUCCCUUCAGUUGCUCACAUUGAAGCUUCUCUAUCUCAUAUUUACCACCCCUAGCACAUAUGAGUACUUUUUCACGAACGAUCUACACGUUCUGGUUGAUAUAUUGAUCCGGAAUUUGCUUGAUCUACCUGAAGAGGCCUCCGCGCUGCGGCAUACUUACCUGCGUGUUCUUUACCCGCUCCUAGCUCAUACACAGCUCCGAAACCCGCCGCACUACAAGCGCGAGGGACUUCAAAGACUACUCAACAUCCUUGUUCGGGGACAAAUCUCAUAUGGAAGCGACCCAGAACACGAGAAGAUCCUGCAUUUCGAAGAAGUCGAUGAAACGACGCGUCGACUUGUCGCUCGGUGUGCGACAGUGGACUGGCUGCGCAAUCCUGAACAGCCCGACGCCGCAGAAACGCAAGAAACUCCAACUCAAGUGACAGCAACUACAAUUGAAACUGUCCUUGAUCAAAAUGUGCAGCAUGAGUCGCCGAUAGAUAUUGAUGUACCAAUCGACGUCCACCGCACACUCUCACAAGCAAGUACGAUAGCUAGCUCACCUGAUACAACAUCACCGACGCGAAUGGACUCACGUAGUUCGUCUAAUACGACGGGCAGUCAGAAGCACAGCUUAGCCCACCGGCUCGGCAUGGACCUGGAGCCCGCAUCUGCAUCUUCGCUGAGCGUUCAGGCCGUUGCAGCACAGCACGAAAAACCAGGCAUAAUCACCCCCAGCCGCAAAGCUGCAAUCCCUGUCGCCGCUCUUAGUGAUGAGACGCCAAUAAUUCGACCACCCAAGGUGAAACCAGAACCACCGAAAUCUCGCCGCUGGCGCGGGCGCCGCCUGGCCGUGGACGAAGAAGAGCACCACUCUACUGGCACAAGCAGCGACGGGAAUACUAUCCCGGAAGGCGUGGAAGUCAGUCCCAUCACUGUGCUCACCCCCAGCACACCACCGUCACAUACAAAUACCAGUGAUCACCGCAACUCCGGGUCAUGCUCCACUCUUGCACCCCCAGGUCCAAGACCGCGGCGGGCCGUAUCAAAUCCACCUCCAGCUCCCCCGCCACCACGCCGUUCCAGCCAGGCUACAUAUUCCUCAAGUCACCACCGACCCUCACUCCCAACAGUCGGAACAGGCCGGCAUGGACAGGCUCCACUUCCGCCAAAAACGCGCCGUUGGGGACGUGGCAAACCCCAGCAUGGACAAAGUGACUCGGUCGAGAGCGGGGCCAGUAGUGUUAGUUCAUUGAAAGAAUCUGAGACUGCCGAAAACACUGCUGUGUCUACUCAGCAAAAACAGGCAUCAAAGGACAGUGUUCCCUCAGACCCUUUCUCGCCGAAGUCCCCCACAAUGUUGAUAUCGCCGUCCGAUACUACUACAGACAAGCCAGAUGUCUCAGCCAAUAGUGCUGGCGAUGACCAUGCGCCUCUCAGUGUAGAGGAAGCAGUGCAGAAUGUCUCUCUGCGUUGA